GUUGUGGAGGUUGAGGAUGUUAAUGAUCACGCUCCUCAAUUCGAGAAGAAAGAAACGCGUUUAGAAAUUUUAGAAUCUGUGUCGGUUGGUACACGAAUACCCCUCGAGCCUGCCGCUGACCCAGACAUAAACUCGAACUCAAUUAAAGAUUAUCAGAUAAGCGCCAACCCUUAUUUCUCAUUAAAGGUUAGAGUGAAUCCUGAAGGCGGCAAAACUCCAGAGCUGUCUCUGGAGAAACUCCUGGACAGGGAAGAUCAGAGGUCUCAUCGCUUGAUACUGACGGCGCUGGACGGAGGGGACCCGCCCCGCAGCGCUACCACUCAGAUAGAAGUAUCUGUAAAGGACACCAACGACAACCCUCCAGUGUUCAGCCAGGAGGAAUAUAGGGUCAGUGUUAGCGAAAAUCUGCCCCCAGGAUCCUCCGUGUUGCGCGUGACAGCCACGGAUAAGGAUGAAGGCGUCAAUGCUGAGAUAAGUUACUAUUUUCGCAGCACUGCCCAGAGCACGAGACACGUGUUCUCGCUGGAUGAGAAAACGGGCCUGAUUAAGAAUAACCAGUCCCUGGACUUUGAAGACGUAGAAAGGUACUCCAUGGAAGUGGAAGCGAGGGAUGGGGGUGGUCUCUCGACACGCUGUAAAAUCAUCGUUGAAGUCCUGGACGAAAACGACAACAGCCCAGAAAUACUCAUCACCUCCCUCUCUGAUCAUAUCCCGGAGAAUUCUCCUCCUGGGGUGGUGGUCGCCCUCUUCAAAACACGAGACCGGGAUUUCGGCGGAAACGGAGAAGUCAAGUGUGAUAUAGGCAAAGACCUGCCUUUCCAGAUCCACGCUUCCUCCAGCAACUACUACAAGUUACUGACAGACGGAGCCAUAGACCGAGAGCAGAACCCGCAGUAUAACGUCACCCUCACCGCCACGGACAGGGGCAAGCCGCCCCUCUCUUCCAGUACAACCAUCACUCUGCACAUUACGGACGAAAACGACAACGCUCCGGCUUUCCAGAGGUCUUCUUACGUAGUUCACGUAAUGGAGAACAACCCGCCCGGAGCCUCCAUCGCUCAGGUCAGC